AUGUCAUCCAGUCGCCGAAUUACUCGAAAUUCUCCUUCAAAAUCCCACAGUUCACAAAAGUGGCGCUCGACCUCACCUGUGGAUUCCUAUAGCGAUAAUUCGAGUGAUGGAACCCUCUACGAGGCAGAGAUUCUAAUCGAUGAUCUCGAUGAAGCCUGUUCCAUUACUUUCAAACUCAAGGAUCACGUAUGGGUCCGAACGCAAGAGGGUAAUUGGCUCCGCGGCACUGUGUCGGGCACAGGGAAAGAAAAACCUCUUACCCGACAUGCAAAUCGAACGGGAACAUAUUAUCCAGUCGUAUUCGGAACCAACAGCAACGUUCGGAAAUACUUUGCACCACUGAACGGCGAAAUCAAACCCGACUCAGAGGAUGUUCGGGACCUUCUAAUACGUGACGGAUGGCUAGAGACUGAGGAGGAGGCAGAUAAGCCUUCGUGGCUCUUAUCCCGAUGA